UGCUGCUCUCGACGGGGUAGUUCUGCGGGAGAAUCAGGUACUAAGACCGUUGUACCUGGCACGAGCAGUGAAACUUCUGCUUCCACCAUUCUACCCGCCGAAGCUGGUCGUGCCCGACCGCGAGUUCACCCAAAAUUAAAUGCGACCGAAGCGUUUGUCCGAGAGCGCAAGCAGAUCCAACAGUUCCACCAGGAGUAUUAUCGGAACGUGUUCGCCGUCUCUUUGAAGACUUUCCGGGGGUGCACGGUGAAUUACUUCGAGCAGUUGAUUGCCGUUCUCGACGCCCUACUGGUGAAACUGAAGGCCCACCCGUGGGACCCACAGCAGGAGCCCAUCACCUUUCUGCUUCCCUCCACGCCCUACGGCUGGGGCGGCGCGAUUUUGGCCUCGCCAUCUAGGGUGCGAUUUCAGACGUCUACAGCACUGCCGUUGUGUCUCGAUGCCGCCGUUCCCGGGGGCUACGAAACGCUCGCGCAUCAAGAAGAGCACAGCGACCGCGAUAAGGAGUUUCAAUUACAUCCGGGUGGUGCUGGACCUGCUGCUGGACAGUUUUCGCAGCACGGUCUAGUUCAGGAUACAAGAGCCCCCACAGCGUCGAGAUCAUUCCGUAGUUUCGUGCCCGCUUCCCAAGUCUCCGCCGCCUUGGAGACCUCGCGCGGCCGGCCGCGCAAGAUCACAGGGUCGGCCUUUGGACCGCGGGAUUCAGAUGAGCUGUGGAAAAAAGUCAAGGUCGAGGUGGUGGUGGACGACAAACUGGAAGAGCAAAAGCUCGAGCAAGAUAAUGGGUUGAACAACAACAGAGUAAUAGAACAGCGCCAACGCACCACACAUCAACUACAAGGGUUGAUGUCUACGUCAUCGUCGUCCGGCAGUGCUGGCGCUGCCCCCCGGAAAAUCCUCG